GUAUGAAUUACUACCUGUCUGUCAUACCCUUUCUGGGGGCAGUGGAGGCUGGCCUCUUUGGGCAGCUGCAGUACGAGAUAGAGAUAUUGCCACCAGAGGAGCGAAGAACUGAUUUCUGCUAUAGUGUUGCUGACUGCUGGUCUCGGAUUCCCAAGCUCAUGGAUGACUGGAAGGCCUAUUUUGAAUAUCUGUUAUCUGCAGAACACAAAGCCGAGAGCCCUGCAACCUUCUCCUUCAAACUGGAUGAUGCCCUCGGUCUCAUGUGGAGGGCACACGUCGCCUCCAUUGCUUAUGCACUGCCCAAGUUCCAGGACAGCUUAAAAUAUCUCAGUGAUCCAGAAGCAAAUUUCGGUGAAGACUGGGCUAGUGCUGUAGAUUUCAUCGCAGCCACACACUUCCAUACAGAUUUACCAACCACAAACAACUUUCAGGCUUUCCUGCCCCAGAGGAUGCUUGUUGAAGGGGAUGUCCUCCCAUUCAUCUGUGAUUUCAGUCCACAGCAAAAUAGAGUCCUGCUCUCAAUGAAGGCUCUUCACAAAGCAAAUCAACUAACAGGAGGAUUGUUGCUGAAGCUCUGGCAAAAGGCUAUGUCUACCGAAGCAGGAAGAAAAAUGGGCCGAGAACUGAUUGGAGAUUUGGCUUCAAGCCAGAAGUUUGACCCAGUGGGAAUAUAUAAUGAUUUGAAAGGAGCUGAUUUGACAGUGCCCAGUUUCUUGAGAAAAAGCAGUUCCAACAUUGAUUGAUUUAACCUUUUAGCAGAUAUGUGUCUGGUAAUCUGGCCUUGGUAAUUUCUUACAGUAGGAUUUCCUGACUAGCCAUGUGUGUGUCUCUCUCAUAUUGAAUCAAUAUUUUUAUCCUUAUUUUUCCUAAUUAACUCAUUUAUUUAAUUCAAUUCUUGAUAAAUAAAAGGCCUCACAG